AUGUCUAGUCAGCGUCUUGUCCUAGGCCUCCCACGUGUCUUGCCGUCGCUGCCGCCUUCGCUUGCGCCGCCGUGUCGUCCCUGCGUCGAGGGUAGGCUGCGCGCCACCCCUCACUCCUCCUCCCUUCGUCCGGCCACCGAGCCUUUUGAGACGCUUCACUUGGACGUCUGGGGCCCCGCCCCUCGUCUAGGCCCUGAGCGUGAGCGUUACUUUCUGGUGGUCGUUGACGACUUCUCCCGCUACACCACAGUGUUCCCUCUGGCGAAGAAGUCUGAGGUGACUUCUACGCUGAUCAGGUGGUUGCUCACCACCGAGGACACUCGUGGUUGUCGUGUCAGCUGUCUCCACUCCGACCGUGGGGGUGAGUUUCGCUCCGGCAUUCUCGCUGGAUUCUGUCGCGAGCAGGGCAUUCGUCAGUCCUGGACGCUUCCAGAGUCCCCACAGCAGAAUGGGGUUGCUGAGCGCCGCAUAGGCCUGGUCAUGGAGAUCGCCCGCACCUCCCUGACUCACGCCUGUGCCCCCCAUUUUCUGUGGCCCUACGCAGUCAGGUACGCUGCGCACCAGCUGAACCUCUGGCCACGUGUCUCUCGACCAGAGGUUUCACCGACCAGUCUUUGGACAGGGUCCCCUGGUGUUGCGUCGCGGUUUCGUGUCUGGGGGUGCUUGGCUCUUGUCCGUGACACCUCCGCGGACAAGCUCUCGCCUCGUGCCGUCCCCUGUGUCUUCCUUGGUUUCCCUGAGGACUCCUCUGACUUCACCUUUUACCACCCUCCCUCUCACCGGUUCUUUGACUCCCGUGACGUCCGUUUCGAGGAGUCCACUCCGUACUACGUCAGGUGUGUCCCAGGCUACCCCUCCUCCUUCGGUAGCCCCUCCGGUACAGCCUCCCUCCCCACAGUCCUCCUCGCAGCGUGCCGCUGGUGCUAG